AUGAUACAGGCGCCGCAGCAAGAAGUUCGUGUAGGCGUCGCAUGUUUUGUGGUUCAUAGACCAUCUGAUGGUAUACUACGCAUAUUAACUAGUCAGCGCAAAGGAUCGCAUGGCGAUGGUACCUGGCAACUUCCUGGUGGACACAUGGAGAUGUUUGAAUCGUUUGAAGGCUGUGCUCGACGAGAAGUACUCGAAGAAACCAAUCUUGAGAUCAAUUCAAUUCGAUACGUGACAGCCACGAAUAAUAUCAUGGGCGACAAGCAUUACGUGACCAUCUUUAUGUACUCUGAGGUAUCAUCAGAAGAAAUUAAGAAUCUACGUGUGAUGGAGCCUGAGAAGCUACAAGGCGAGUGGAAGUGGGUCACAUUAGAUGAACUUGUAACAUACAAACCAUUGUUCUCUCCGCUUCAGUCAUUCAUAGAUCAACAAGAUGUAAGCUUUUUGAAAUAA